AUGGAGGGAGGAGCGGCUUCGUCUGCCACCCUCCCCGUCCAGUCGGGCUUUCAUCUCUUCCCAGCCCUGAGCUCGCCAGCUGCUGCCGCUCCCCUGGGUGGCCCCAGCGCGGGGGUGGGGGCGGCUCCAUGGGGAGGGGGCCGUCGUCGGGUGGAGGGCAGCUGCCAAGGAGGAGAGGGGGCGGCAGAUUGCCAGCUGCUGGGGCAAGGAGGCCCGGGGGUGGUGGUGCACAGAGCCGAGCUGGAGGACGGCGCCAUGAACGACAGCCUGGCGGUGGGCGGCUGCGGCCCCUGGGAGGACCCCGCCCGCUUUGUCCUGGUGCCGGCCGCCUAUGCUGCAGCCCUGGGCCUGGGGCUGCCCGCCAACCUGGCCGCCUUGGCCGUGUUCGGCCGCGGGGAGUGCCCAGCCCGGGCCCUGCGCAUCUACCUGCUGAACCUGGCCCUGGCCGACGUCCUCUUCACGCUGACCCUGCCCUUCUGGCUCACCUACUACCUGGGCCGUGCCCACUGGCCCUUCCCCGAACCCUCCUGCCGCCUGGCGGGUGCCGUCUACUACUUGGCCACCUACGCCGCCCUCUGCUUCAUGACCCUCAUAGGCCUCAACCGCUACUGCACCGUGCGGGGCGCCGGGCCCCGCCUGCCCCUCAACAGGGCCCGGGGUGCCCGGGCCGCUUGCGCCUUCGCCUGGCUCCUCUGCCUGGGCUGUGCCAGCCCAUCCCUGGCCUCGGCCCGCGCCGUCCAGCCGGGGCCCGGGGGCUCCACCCGCUGCUUUGAGCACGGCUGGGCCCGCCGCGGCUUCGCCUACGCCAGCGUGGGCUUCUUCGCGGCCUCCUUCCUGCUGGUCCUCGCGGCCUACGUUUCCCUGGCGCGGGCCCUGGCCUCCCCGCCGGCCGGCCAAGGGGUCCCCGCCGGCCCCCACCGGAGGUUGGCCCGGGCCAUGGUUCUGGGGCUGCUGGUGGUUUUCUCCAUCUGCCUGGCCCCCUAUCACGCCAUCCUGGGCCCCUGGGUGGCGGGGCAGGAGGAGGAGGAGGAGGGGGGAGGGGAGGGGGCCGGAGAUGGCUGCCGCCCACCGUCGACACUCGACAUCCUGCACACCCUGAGCCUGGCCCUGCUGAGCCUCAACAGCUGCCUGGACCCCAUCGUCUACUGCUUCUCCGUGCGCCGCUUCCGCAAGGCCUGCUGGCGGUUGGGCUGUCGAGGCCGGCCGGCCUCCAUGCCACCCCCCAACCCCCUCCCCGCCCUCCUCCAUUACGGCAUCGCGGUGGGAGCCAAGACGGACCCGUUCCAGAGACUGCAGCUCGCUCCCUCUCCUGCCUCUAGCGCGGCCACGAGAGGCCUCUGCAGUGCUGGGGCCCGGGGCUAG